GCUUUUCAACACCUAUAUUCAAACACACCCAGAUCGGUAUUCGUCCGCCUGGUGUAGGCAGCCCACUGUCCGAGAACACAGCUGUAAUCCUCACGAUUGCGGGUUUUCAGCAUGGCCAAAACGAUAAAUCCAGACCGAGACUGCUCGCGAAUGCUUGUUUUCGUAAUAGGAGCUCCAGGAUCGGGAAAGGGCACGCUUUGUCGUAAGCUGUGUUCCGAAUUUGGGUAUCCACAUCUCUCGGUCGGAGACUAUCUGCGAAAUAUGGUUGCAAACUCGAGCAAGCUGCUUGAACAACAUGUCAUCGACCGCAUUCGAUCCGGCGAGCUUUUGUCUAUCGAAGAUCUUUUCCUUAUUCUCUAAACCGCAGUAAGCCGGUUGAACAUGGAAGGCAACCAGGUUGUGGUGGUUGAUGGGUUCCCUCGCGAUAUCGAACAGGUGAACUUUCUCAGUGGUACGAACUUCCAACCCUAUGUGGUGUUAUUAUUCGACUGUCCGGGCGAUAUCGCGAGGGAUCGAUAUCUACACAGAGACAUUGCCGGGCGCGACAAGAGUCCCGCCAUUUUCGCGAGGAGAUAUGUAGAGUUCGUCCGACUGAACCAAGCUGUUCUAGAGGCGUUCAAGGAGGUGGGCGUUCUUCUUACAGUGGAUACCAGUAGAGAAACAGAAACUUCCUACAAGCAUCUGUUGAAAGCAUUACAGGAAUCAAAGUACAAUUUAUGCUGAUUCGAGAGGAGAUGUACAGGGAGAGAGGGAAGAGAUGUUCUUCUAGACGAGUAGACAAAUGUCUUCUAGUCUUAGACCGUAACUUCGAGUCUCUAUAUAUAAGUCUAGAAGAUCGUUGACUGUCUAAAGUUUUCGUAGGAUAUAGCUAGCCUAACCCUUACUUCAUAUAGUUCUAGAGGCUAUUCU